GGCCGGCUGGAGGGACUGAUACAACAUGGCGGAGGUCAGGCCUGAGGGGGCAGCGCCGGACCGUUGAAGGGCCCUCCGAGGCUGCCCAUGGCCCUGACGCCAAGGGGCCUGAAGGCUCCUCUUUCCCCCUGGGCCCUCCGCAUCUUGGCCGCCCGCGGGUAUUCUGGGGAUGGCUCCGGUGCGGGUGCGAGCCGGCGUGACUCCCCAUCGGGCCUGUACGAGCUGCUGGGGGUGCCCCCGACCGCCACGCAAGCCCAGAUUAAGACGGCCUACUACAAGCAGUCUUUCAUCUUCCACCCGGACCGCAACUCCGGCAGCGAGGAGGCGGCCGAACGCUUCACCCGCGUCAACGAGGCGUACCUGGUACUGGGCAGCGUGGCCCUGCGCAAGAAGUAUGACCGCGGCAUUCUUAGCCGCCAGGACUUGCGCGUGGCCGGGAAGCCGUCGGGCAAGGAGCCCGCCUCUAGCCCGCCGCCGAGGAGGACCCAGACCUUCACGGCCAGCUCCUCUCCCCGGUACAAUCCCAAGAAACCCAUGUUUAACUUUGACGAAUUCUAUCGGGAGCACUACGGCCAUCAGCUGGAGCGGGAACGUAACAUCCGUGAGAAGCUGCAGGAACUAAAGAAGCGCAGGGAGAAAGAGGGUUUCUGGAACCCGGAGGGCCUGAGGGACAUGGUGACCGUUCUGACCUUCGUUGCUGCUGUGGCUUUUCUCUUUAACCUCAAAUGAGAAAUGUGUACCUGUUAUGGAAGAAGACAUACUUCCUGAGGAACACACAAAGCCAUCUCUGGAACUAAAAGAGAGAGCGAGAGAGAGCACCUUCACUUGGCCCAAAGUGCCUGGCAGUGGCAGUUGGCACAGAGCAGAAAACAUCUGAGUUCAGCAGUCAGUUAAAUCCAUCCUGGGUGGGAUCUUUCCUUGAUGCUUGGACCAUAGCCAUAGAUCACCCAUAGGGCAAACAAGUCUCCAAACACUGGUUCUGAUUUUUUAAAAAAUCAGUUUAUCGUAUAAGCUGAAAAUUAUUGAUUUGGAAUUGGGUUUGUCACUCGCCUAUUGUGUCUGGAUUAAGAGUUUGAGUGGGUUUAAUCCCCCAUCUCUAACUGCAUAUUGGAAAAGUGUUAAUUGUAUUUUAAGUGUCAAAAUUGAGCAUGGUGCUUUGGUUACCAGAUGUUACCUUUGUAGAAUUCAGCAGUCCCUUGGAGUGGGAAAUUCUAAUCUAUUUUACCCACCCACCCACCCCACCCCCCCCCCCCCGCAAUAGAGGUGAAUUUUGCUGGCUUUGUCCAUUAUUGCUCUGUUCUGUUCUGUUGGUGGGACUAUGCCUAUUUUUGGUCCUCAAAGCUUCUGAGGAGCCAUACCUAACAUCAUUGCCAGCAAGUCUCUGGUUUGUGUUAAAGAACACCCUUCUAGGCCUCUGGGAAGAGGGAGAAUUCCCAUCUGCACAAUUUGUAGUGACUUCUGGUAGUGAUUGUUUGAAAGGGGCAAACUACUUCAGACUUUGUCUUGACAGUUUGCAAUGCAGUGACACAGAAACCAUGUUUUGAUGUAUAGAUCACAAGAGAUUUCAACAAUGGAUAUGAUUUUAUUUUAAUAUAUAAAGACACCAAGAAUGAGCCAA